ACUAUUUUAGAAGUCGCUCAAAUAAAUUCGUGACACCACAUCUUGACCCGUAGCCUUAGGACACAUCGCGCGUGCAACCACACUUCUCAACUGAGUUUAAUCGGUUUCAUCGAAAUCGGAUAUGAUUCUGCCUGACUCAGUAAUUUCUGUGUGUUGUAAACCAGAAACACCCCUGGCGCAUUGAGCUUAACACCAAUCAUUUUAUUACAGAUUAAUCUCGGUUCGUGUAUAUAUUUGGAGAAUAAUGAAAAUGAGAAAUCCUGGUACUCUGGCCGCUCUCCACCAACCUGUCUGUGCGUGACGCAAGAGGAGACUACUUAAAGGGGGAUUAGCGCUGGCAAGACAUUAAAUCCAACCUCCCUCCACCCAGACACCGCACGACCCAUCAACCUGAUCUGAAGAUCGAAAAUAGGAGGGCUUAUACUAAUCAGCACUUCAGACUCGAAGACAAGCAAAAGUGUGGGAUCGUCGAGUGAGCUUCUAACAGAGACGCGGAGCAGAAGGGGGCAGCCGCAGCUCUCGUGAUCAAUGCAUUUGCCAGAUAAAAUCGGAACCUCUGGAGAGUAAAACAGGAAAUAAUAACAUUUCAUAGGAAUUCGUGCAGAGUGCUGUGUGCUCUCGUCUCCGGAUGAACAGAAAUGGGGGAAUGGACCAUCCUAGAGCGGCUGUUGGAGGCUGCUGUCCAGCAGCACUCCACUAUGAUAGGAAGGAUCCUAUUAACGGUGGUGGUGAUCUUCCGGAUUCUAAUCGUAGCGAUAGUUGGAGAGACAGUCUAUGAUGACGAGCAAACCAUGUUCGUGUGCAAUACAUUACAGCCUGGUUGCAACCAGGCAUGCUACGACAAGGCAUUCCCGAUCUCCCACAUCCGAUACUGGGUGUUUCAGAUCAUUAUGGUGUGCACCCCAAGCCUCUGUUUUAUUACUUACUCCGUCCAUCAGUCUGCAAAAAAGGAGCGCAAAUAUUCCACCGUGUUUCUGACGUUGGAUAAGGACCAGGAUCCACUGAAGCGCGAUGACAGCAAAAAGAUUAAAAACACAAUUGUAAAUGGAGUACUUCAAAACACGGAAAACUCAACCAAAGAAGCCGAGCCUGACUGUUUGGAAGUCAAAGAGAUACCAAAUUCGGCCAUGAGAACUACUAAGUCAAAAAUGAGGCGGCAGGAAGGCAUCUCCAGAUUUUACAUCAUCCAAGUGGUUUUCAGAAACGCCCUGGAGAUUGGGUUCUUAGUGGGUCAAUAUUUCCUUUACGGAUUCAACGUGCCCUCCGUGUACGAGUGUGAUCGAUACCCCUGCAUAAAAGAUGUCGAGUGCUAUGUUUCCAGACCAACGGAGAAGACCGUGUUUUUGGUCUUCAUGUUUGCGGUCAGUGGGUUUUGCGUGGUGCUGAAUUUAGCGGAACUCAAUCAUUUGGGAUGGAGGAAAAUCAAAACGGCGGUAAGAGGCGUGCAGGCGAGGAGGAAGUCCAUUUAUGAAAUUAGGAAUAAAGACUUGCCCAGAAUGAGUGUUCCGAAUUUCGGACGCACUCAGUCAAGUGACUCCGCGUAUGUGUAGCACAGAACCACCAAUGAGACUGUGUAUGAUGUACAGAGAUAAUACGAAAAUUAUAAUGUAAUGGACAAUAUCACUCGCCAGAUACGUUUCAUGAAUUAGGCGAGUGGAUGUAUUUUUAUCCAUUCGUUUUUUUUCCUUUGUUUGUUUUUUGUUCUUGUUUUUAUUUCUUUUUUUUUAUUUUUAGACUAUAAACAAAUGUGCGUUGCACGUUUGUUCGACUUAUUUGUUAUAUUGCACUGAUGCAACUUUUUAGUAACAUUUAUACUCUGGAAAACGCUAAAUAGAACGCACAUGAAGGUGUUCACGUACUUACUCGCUGUAGGCUACACAACCGAUCUAGGAACUUGAAGAGUAAAUACUGAUUGCACUAAGUUGUGAACAUGGGGAGCCAUACAUUCCCAAUAUGUGCUGUUGACGGUGUUUUUUAGACCUUUUCCACCGAUUUUACACAUCAUUCUAUUCAAGCGACACAAUACACAUUAGUUAUGUUUGAAAUACAAUCUAUACUUCAGAUUUAUAUAUAAAUAUAUAAAUCAAUUCGGACUAUGGAUCGACCCAGUUCAAAUACAUUAGCAUUCUACAUGUUUUUGUUGCCUGUGUUCGCACCACUGACCUUAACGUAUGUAAUCAUUCCAUUGCUAUAUAACCGAAUUGCAAAACAGUAUCGGGUGGAUUUGCUGCAAACGCUAACGUCUGUGACAUCCUUAAUUUAUUAUACACCAAAAAUGCUCUCAUUUGUGAAAAGUGUUUUCUUGCUUUCGUGUAAUGAAGUGCCAUACUUGUACAUAAACAUAUAUAUAAAUAUAUACGUACAUAUAAAUAUAUGACUAUAAUAUACUCUUCAUCAUUAAGCUAAUUCCCUGCUUGGAUUAUGCUAAAUGCUGCCCUAAUUUUGCUUUAAUUGUAUUUGUUGUGAUUUAAAGGAAAACGCUAUCUUAAAUUUUCUCUCUCUCUCUCUCUCUUACUCCCUCUCUCUCUGUCUCUCUCACACGCACACCUCUGUUUUACAGAUAUAUGAGGGAGGAAAAAUAAUUCCUCAUCUUUUUAUACACUUGAGGGAAAUCUGUUUAUUCAAGGCAAAUAUGGAAAACAAUUCCUGAUAGCACAAGUUUUGACUUUAAAUUAAAGUAUGGGCAAUACCUGCCCACUCUGGUGCUAUAGUUUUUCCAGUGAUGAUUUAAAUUGUCAAUGUAAUCAAGACAAAAACUAAGAAAGUUUUUCUUUCCAAAAAUAAAAAUGAAAUUAAUGUACACGAGAGCUGUGUGAAGUGCAAUACUUUUAGUUAAAUUAAAGGGCAAGUUCUUUACAUGGAAACUGUGAAACUGAAAGUGCUUCUGGUAACUAAGGAAAUGUCAUAUUAAUGUAGACCUGUUUAUGCACCUUGAGUUCAAUGUCACAACCCAAACUACUGUACAUAGCAAAAUGCUCAGGGUUAAAUCAACUCUUACAGAGUAUACUUGCUCCCUAUCGGACUCGGUUAAUUAAAGUCUUUACUCUGUAAGAAUUUAAUUAACACUAGAUAUUUUCCCUCAUAUCCACCUUGUUAUUCAGAUCUUAUUUUUUUAAAAAUCCACAACUAGCUCAACUUAUGAUUUCUGGUCUUGUUAGUAACAGGAGCAAUAUGGCUAUGCCCGUUAAAUAAAGAGGGUGUUUCGAUAUGGCAUGCGUCUAUGUGCUUAAGGUAAAUUUGCCUGCCCUGAUAGAAAUGAUCUGAAACUUCAGACUCUUCUCUGGCUGUCUGUUUUGCUGACAUUGUAGAUUUGCCACACUGCCAUGAGCUAACAGAUGCCGGACGGGUCGUUUCAGAAGCAUCCACUGCAGGGGCUCCAACUCGAUGCCGCAUCUAUUUGGGAGUCGGCCCCUUUUUUUCUCCGUACCCACUUCCUGUGCUCAGUAGCAGGUGCGGCGCAUCUCCAGUGGAGGCGAAUGGCAUCCGCACUCUGUGAAGGUCACCAAAAAACUGCAGAGCGCCCCGCCCGCACGGAAAACUAGGCUUCGGGGGCUGCCCAUCCUGGAUCACUUCUGGGGGAGGGCUGUGAGGGGCGUUUGCUAAGAUGACUCGGCAACCUGCAAGAAAAUCAAAUAGCAAGACUAACGCAUCAAUCUCAAACUCAGUUGGGACAUGAAUUUUCUCCUAAACAAAAAAAAAAAAAGGAAAAAAAAAGAACCGCUUGUCUGCUUUCUCCAAUGGUGCAAUGGUGCAAUGCUCUGUCACUUGAUGCUCUCUCUCUCUCUCUAUCUCUAUCUCCCUCCCUGUCUUUCUCUCUCUCUCCCUCCCUCCCUCCCUCUCUCUUUCUCUCCCUAUCUGCUCAUAUAAUGCUAUGAAUUUCAUGAGAACUAAAAUAAGGUCUAGAUACAAUUACAUUCCCCACUGUUCAGCAUAUACGGCACCUGAGAAAAAAAUGAAAGAGUAUUAAAAGAGCUUUUUACUAUACAAUUUACUACAUGUUUCUGAAUGCAGACAGAGUGUACAUGGUUCUUGUAUGACAGAGUUUUUUAUUCCUAUGCUGUUCUAUACUCCUGCAAUAUUCAUUUCCAUAUUUUCAUGGCUACUUUUAAAUGCCAAAAUUAUUGGGUUAUGUAUGAAUGCAAUUAUGCAUGCUGUGGUGCAUUUUACAUCAUUUCAGCGUUAGGAGGCUUGGUUAAAUAUUACAUGGUACCUGUAUUAUCUCUCUCCCUCUCUCUCCCUCUCUCUCUCUCUCUGUCCCUCUUUCUCUCUCUCUCAGUUUUUGAUUCAAAACUAAUUAAACAAAUUACAAAAAGAUAAGACACUCAGGCUGUAUUGUAAUCAUUAAUCCAGGGGAUUACACUGACAAAACUGUAAAUAAAUGCAAUGGAUGAGCACAACUAUUUGUAAGGAUACAGUUACACUGAACGUUCUUUAGGAUCAUCAGUCAUAAAAUGUACGUAUUUACGAUUUACCAUUUUUACACAUUACGGCCUGUUCAUUGAUUAAUAAUGUAUGUAUAUAUUUAAGAAAAAAAAACUUAUCUGAAAAUCUGUGAGAGCUGGAUAAUAACAUUCACAAUAAUGAACAUCUCUGUUUGCUAUAUUUCAAUGUUUUUUUUUUUAUGAUUGCAACUCAAUAAUCAGUUAUAUUUGUACUGGACUUCAAACAAGAGCUAGGGCCAAGCACAAAAUAUGUGCUGCAUAAUGCAAAAUGUUUUUGUUAAAAAAACCAAGCCUCCAGCUGGAAGCAGUCUUCCUGUAUAUAUGUUACAUGGAUGGAUUUAAUCUGGAAGAAGUACUGUGAAUUAAAUCAAGCCUCUCAAAUAAUAAGAAUCUA